AUGGCCAACGUCACGAGCUUUGUCUCACCGUCUGCGGACGCGACAGCCUCGCCUUAUUUCGUCGCGACAGGCUUUUUGGGAUCGGUUCUGGAGGGCCUCACUAUCUGGAAGUUUUUGUUGACUCUGUUCGUCGGCGCCAUCAUCUAUGAUCAGUUCAAAUACAAUUACCUCAAGGGCAAUAUCAUCGGUCCAGCCUUCAAGAUCCCAUUUAUGGGCCCAUUCCUGGAAUCUGUCAACCCCAAGUUUACCGAGUACAAGGCAAAAUGGGACAGCGGCGAACUCAGCUGUGUUUCGGUCUUCCACAAGUUCGUAGUCAUUGCGUCGAGUCGUGAUAUGUCCCGAAAAAUCUUCAACUCCCCCACGUAUGUAAAGCCCUGCGUCGUGGACGCUGCCCACAAGCUCCUCGGCAAGACCAACUGGGUCUUCUUGGAUGGCAAGGAGCAUGUCGAUUACCGCAAAGGUCUCAAUGGCCUCUUCACCCGUCAAGCUUUGGCCACUUACCUUCCCCGCGUCGAGGAAGUCUUGACUGAGUCCUUCAAGCGCUUCUUAGAGAAGUCCGAGUCCUUGAACCACCAGCCCACCCCUUGGAUGCCUGAUUUCCGUGAGCUCAUGACUGCAUUGUCUUGCCGUACCUUUGUCGGCUACUACAUGUCCGACGAGGUGGUCCAGAAGGUCGCGGAUGACUACUACCUCAUCACUGCCGCCCUGGAGCUGGUCAACUUCCCCAUCAUCUUACCCUACACCAAGACUUGGUAUGGCAAGAAGGCUGCUGACAUGGUCAUGGCUGAAUUUGCUAAGUGCUCUGCAAAGAGUCGUGCUCGCAUGGCUGCUGGUGGCGAGGUCCUUUGCAUCAUGGACGGCUGGGUUAAGGCGCAGCAAGACUCUGCCAAGUACCGUGAGAAGAUCGCAAGUGGUGUCGCCGUUGACGACUCCGAGAAGCCUGCUCAGGUCCUCCGUGACUUUACCGACUAUGAAAUUGCCCAGACUAUCUUCACCUUCUUGUUUGCCUCCCAGGAUGCCACCAGUGCCGCGUCCACAUGGCUCUUCCAGCUGAUGGCCGACCGCCCUGAGAUUCUUGACAAAGUUCGCGACGAGAACCUCAAGGUCCGUAACGGUGACCGCUCUGUCCCUAUCUCCAUGGAGCUGCUCGACAAUUUGCCCUACACCCGCGCUGUUGUUAAGGAGACCUUGCGCUACCGUCCUCCUGUCAUCAUGGUGCCAUAUCUGGUCAAGAAGGAUUUCCCUAUUACCGAUAAGAUCACCGUCUCUAAGGGCUCCAUGAUCAUCCCCUCGGUGUGGCCCGCUGCCCACGACGAAGAAGCAUACCCCAAUGCCGACUCCUUUGACCCGGACCGUUGGAUCACCGGUACUGCCGAGCAGCAGACCAAGAACUGGCUGAUCUUCGGCACGGGUCCCCACUAUUGCCUGGGUCAAACCUAUGCUCAGCUCUCCCUGGCGGCCAUGAUCGGCAAGGCCUCCAUGGAGAUGGACUGGGAGCACACCCCCACUGCUCUGUCAGAAGAGAUCAAAGUGUUUGCCACUAUCUUCCCUCAGGAUGACUGUCUCCUUACCUUCCGCCCUCGCGCUUGA